CUUGUAGGAUGGUUUCCAAUACAAACCUUGAAAUAUGAAACUUAUUUAUGUUUAUUUUUCAUUUUCAGACAUUUCCUUGAGUUACUAUGGAAGCUUUAACCAUUGCUAUGUUAAUUAUUCAAUCUUUGAGUUAACAGUUUAUUUUUGGGCUAAGAUUGCAUCAUUUCUUCUCAGUUUAAUGAUUCAUUUUUUCUUUGCACGAGGCUUUUGUUGUACUUCCCUUGAAGGUCAUUUGGUGUCAUUCUUUCAAUCUUUCAAUGAUAGCAAUUACAUCUUCAACAUUUUUAGACAUCAAUGAAUUGUCAACAAUUGCACCAAGAGGAGUUUUGUUUGUUGUUAAUGUUCAUCGGAGAAGAUAUGAAUUUGUGUGGUAAAACCAACUAUGUGCUACACAAAUUAGAGGCAGAGGAUGAGGCAAACUUGAUAUACAACUACAGCUUAGUGGGAGGUACAGGGUUGGAUGAAAGUUUAGAGAAAAUUACUUCUGAGACAAAGGUUGUACCUGGCACUGAUGGUGGAUCCAUUGUUAAGCUUUCUUUGAAAUAUCACACCAAAGGUGAUGCAGCUCUAUCUGAUGCAAUUCCUGACGAAUCUAAGAUCAAAGGAACUGGACUUUUCAAGGCCAUUGGGGGUUACGUUUUGGCAAAUCCUGAUUAUUAAUUAAUCUUAUAGUUUUGGUUGUGUCGUGUCGUGAGAAUAAUAACGAAGUUUCUAUGUUGGAUGUUGUGAACUAGUGUCGGUUAGAGUGUGGUUGCUUUUGAGUGAAAUGUAUGUGAUGAAAGUGUAGCUUAACCACAUAAAUAAAGUUGAAGUUUCAAAUAAGGAUAUAAGUUAAACUACUACGCAAGAAUUUCAUCUCAACUUGUUAAGGGUGUGAAUGUGAUUUUGAUUACAUAUAAACCAGAUAAACUCAAAAGCUCGUAACUGCAAUUAGUGUGGAAUUUGGACUAAAUGCCCUUUACAAUGCAAAAUAAAAUUAUGUUUUGGCUAAGAACACACAAUGGAAAUUGAUAUUCUUGCAGAGCUUAGCCUUAAAUUGAUCAGGAGUAAACUCGAACCAAGUUAGUAUCUCACCAUUUCCCUCUGUAGGCAUAAUUAUAUCACAAUUGAUAUGCUGAAGAG